AUGAUUGGGAUUGAGUACUCUUCAGACUCUGGACAAGAUGAUGUUGACAAUAUGACCGAUAUCGAAGACGUGGAAAAAGCUUUAGAAGAACUUGACAAGAACAUCCUCGAACGAUUUGGGUGUGAAAAAGGUAUUGAAGAGUGGAGGAAGGCUGUCGACCACCUCUCGAGUUGUUUUGAGCGUAACGCGACGAUGAAAACGCAGACGGAAAUUGAUGAAGAUGACACAUCGUUUAUUUUUUCUCAACUUUCUUCUGAAGCAUUCACCAAGUGUAUGGACUUUAUGAGACAGUGGACUUCUCUUGAGUGUGAAGAGAAUGCGGUGUAUGCGCUCCGGAUGUUUCUAGGAGCGACAUCGAGUCGGUCGCUUCAACUUGGUGACACCAAGAUCGAAAUCUGUUUGUGGGUGUUGAAUCAUUUCUCCGGACUCCAACGCGUCGCCAAAAUAUUUGCGAUGGGCAUCAUUGGUAAUGUCCUCAAUCGCGAAGACUUGUUCGAGACCCCUCCCAAAUUCAUUGCGGAGGUCGUCGACAUUUUUGUUGGAACAAAUGGAUUUACAAUAGACGAGAAAGGGGAGUACACGUCGUUCAUUUCGCCAAUGACUCUUGCUAUUAAAACUAUUGACCCACAAAAGAAAGUCGUUAUUUUUGAUAAAGAAACAGACAUUAAAACCCCAGACAUCAACAACGAACUUUUGGACUUGAUGGAAAUGAAAACUAGUUUACUCUGCUUGCGGCGGAUUGCUUUUAAACUCGACCAAUUUUUCGGACCGACUGCUUUGCCGUUUUCCGAUGACAUUUUGAAGGCGGUUGAUGAAAUUGUGAGAGGGCACAAUGUCGAGACAAAUAAAGUUCAUUUGAUGGUACCAAACGAGUUCACAGAUAAACAAGUGUUGUUCCAAGAAAGAAUACAGAAGUGCUUUGUCAUUCGAAACGACUACAUUUACAGCGACGCAAUGUUGCUGACGGGUAUCAUCAUGUCGAACGAAGUAGGGUUCACCAAAGAAUUGUUGAAAGGAUUUCCAACAGUGGUGAGUGAGAUGAGCGAGCAGAGACUGUUAGGUGUGAUUAACUUAUUCACGGGGUUCAUCUAUGACGAUUCUACGUGUAAAACAGUUGUUUUCCAAAAAGUGAAUUCUGUUCGAGACUUCCUUAAAGUGACGAGCUGCUUUUCCAAUUUUGCGAAAGUGAAGCAAAAAGCGUUUUUGGGUGUGACGAAGGUGUUGUUGUCAACACCGAUAUAUUUCAAUAUGUUAUAUGAAACAGAUAUUUUGUUCAACACAAUUCGAUACAUUGCGAUGAACUCAUUUGAAAAGGAUAUUGUUGUUCCAUCACUCAGUUUUUUAAGGGAUGUCAUCCAUGCACCGCUUUUCAGACAAUUUAGAGAUUUACUGGGAUAUCCAAGCCAACCUUAUCAAUCUGUAUACUCGGGGUCUCCCACAAUGAUCCAGGAUUUGUACGUGAAGUUCAUGUUUCAAAUUCAUCGAAAGAUCUCGGGGAUGGAGGAGAAUGAAGUGAUAAAGAAAAUCGCGGAGAGAGGGGUGUUAAGUCAAAUAUGUGAGAUCUGUUACAAACUUGAUUUGAAUAGCGACUACUAUAAAGGGUUUGGUGGCGGGAUGUUAGAAAUCCUGUUUGACAUAAUACAGUACGUUUCCACCGUUCCAAGCUGUGUAAAAUACAUUUUGGCUGAUUACCUGUUUUACAAAGAAGCGCGCGACGCGACUAUGAGCGAAGUCCCAGAUGAAGAAAAGUCCUUUCCAGCGUUAGUGAAUGAGAUGGGAAUUCGAGAAGAAGACGCAAAAGCGCUUUUUGUGUUAAAAAUGUAUUUGGAAGAUCAUGGAAUAUCCUCCGAAAUUCGGUUGUCCAUUUUGAGAACGCUAUUUCAUUGUUUGAGUGUUGAGAAUGCGAGUGGUGUUGAUGUAGAAAACAAAAUUAAAGCAAGUGGGUUGGUCAUCAACAUAAUGAAUGAAUUGGAAGUUGAUUACAACAAUAAAGAGUCUGUAGACAUUGUUUUGAAUGCGACCGAUUGUUUGAUAUUGAUGGCAAAGAAAGAUGAGAAUGUGUUGAACAUAUUGAAGCCAUUAAAUAUUAGCAACAAGUGCAACAAAAUACUUAGCGAUAUCAAUGAGCGACUGACAUACAACUCUGGGUAUAGUUUUAAGAUGUUGGUUUCGUCGUUGCAAAGCAUGGUAAAGUUCUUGAACUCGAAUGACGGUGUUGAGAAAGAAAAGAACUACAGCCGCAAUGUAAAAAUGCUCAACCAUAUGAUUAUUGACUACGACGAGAAGGACGCUUUACAGUUGGUGUACGAGCAUUUACUGAAAGAGGGUUUGGUAGACUCUGCGGCUUCUCUACGUAAAGAGGCCUCUUUGAAACAAGCCUCUUCCAUGAACGAGGAAGGAAAAACGACGUUUGAUGAUGUGCUGAAAGGCUAUUUGGCGCACAAACACUUACAAUGCAAGCAGUGCCCUACAAUAAUUCCUCAACAAAAAGUUACAGAACAACACUUAUGUGUUCAAAAUAAAGACAAGUAUCGAGAAGCUUCAAUGAACCUUGCUUCUCGUAUCCUUCAGCGAAAAUGCUAUGGGAGUUGUUUGGAAAAUUAUCGAGGGUAUGACAAAUCUGUUGCCUUUUCGACGGUAUCUUUAAGAGAGUAUAUGCUAGACUCUGAAGAGGAAAACAUACAAGUGAGUUGUGUGUCAACGUGUGAUGAGGGGAUGAUGGUUGGCCUGAAGAACGGGUCGAUAAGACUCUUUGGGUCGCGCGGGAAUAGUCUCCAGAACGAUUUGUACAUUAAUGAAGCGCAGCAUGCUUUCUGUGAAAUUAAAGUUGCUGGAGACUCUGUGUUUGCGUUGAACAACGACGGUAAUUUAAUGGCGUUUUCGAAAAACGACAUCUUGGCAGUUACUACGAUGCCAAUAACUCCUGCAAAUACAAUAAGGAGUUACAGCUGUUUUGGUGUGAAUGACGAGGGGAGUCUCUUGGCAUGUUCUCCGUUCAAUGAGAGGAAAUUGGACAUCUUCGACCCCGCAACAGUAGAAGUGGUGGACACGUACACCAUCCCAGAUAUUGCCAUAACGAGUCUUCCAGUGUUCUCGUCAUGUUCGUCUCUUCUAUUCUGUUCAAGAAGACUCUUCGAUAUGAGAAUGAAACAAACGGUACACACUUUUGACUUCUUGUCACGAUUCAAUGGGGGGAUGUUCACUUCUGAUGGGCUCGACGUGUUGAUAGAUGCGGAGUUGUGGGAUCUGAGGAUGAUGAAGUUGCGAAAAAGAAAUGAGAUGUUAAGUGGGACAUACUCCCAAGUGAUUGAUGAUGACGUUUUCAUAUCUUUUCCAUACGACGAAAACGAAGAACGGAUGGAAGACUCGCAGUCUUUUGGAGCGAUAUUUUCGGCGUUUGAUAUGGAGUGCAAUUUCAUUAGUCGAACCAAUGUGGUCGAUUUCUGUUUUGAGUACUCCAAGAAUUUGGACACAGUCUACAUCGAAGGGUGGCCUUCGGUGUACAAAGACAAGAAGCAAAUUGCUCUGAUCACCAAAAUGGACCGACCAAAAAUUCUGUUGUUUGAGUAUGGAAAGAACAAGUCAACAUUAGUUGGAUCGCUUGAGACAUCAGAAGAACGUUCUGAAAGUGAAGACACGAGCUUUUUUAACGAAGAUGAUGUCUUUGAUCCAAAUAACCCAUUUGAAAUGGAAUUGUACAACAGCGAUGACGGUUUCAUAGUUGAAGGUCCAACUGAUGGAGAAGAUAUCAGUGUUAAUGACGAUGAAGAAGAUGAUUUUAGCACAAGCGAAUUGAUGGACGUGGAUUCUGAUGAAGACGAGAGUGGAAAUGCAGAGAGCGUGCAUCGUGAUAGCCAAACUUCUACAAUGGAACAUUCGAGCGAAAAGAGUGAAAAGUAA